AUGGAUGAUGACAAGAGUGCUUUGCCUGAAGCAUUUGAGGUUGACAUGGAGAGCUACCAGUCUGAUCUUGGUAUCUAUGAGACUUGGCUGCGUGAGGAAAAGAGUGCCAAGGCCAUCUUAUUUGCGAGCAUGGAGGUCGAUCUCUCACUAUCCCUCAGGGGUCUUGCCACUUCACACCUCAUGUGGGAUCACCUCCAUCACAGUUAUGAGAUCCGUAACGAGGCGAUAUACCUUGUUGUUGUUGAGGAGGCUCAGACGCUUCGUCAGCUUGACUCUACUGUUGAGGACUUCCACCGUCAGAUGACAGCCAUCUGGCAUCGUCUGUACGGUCUGGGCGCUGAGUUAUGUGGUGGUGGGGCACCAUCUGGUGUUCAGUGUGGCUACUGCAAGCUCUACGGCCACGAGGAGAAGGAUUGUCGUAAGAAGCAGCGCGAACGACCGGGGCGUCGUGGCAGGCGCUUUUCUCAAGGCUCUGGUGGUUCCUCUACUCAGCAGGGCACUCGCUCUGUGUCUGCAGCGGAGCAGGAGGUUCUCACCAUGUUUCGUCGCCUUACUACUGCAGCUUAG